GUUGUCGUCGCCAAGCGUGUCCCACAAAGACAGUCACAAAAAGAGUCCGCGCGCGUCCACUGCGCCCCACUGUUCUGUUGUGUCUCUUUAAGUGCACCAGGCAGUGCUGUCGGUCCGCGGUUGGAGCGCUCUGUGCGGCGCUGCCUCUCCGCAGCGUUCGAGCGCCGUCCUUCAGCUCCGGCGGCUAGAAAGCUCAUCACCGCGACCCGAUUCCACGCCGCGGCCGGAGCAGAUGCCAGGGGUCGGGCAAGCGGAGGGUGGGCGGGCUGCUUGGAGCCUGCGGGGUCCACAUUAGUUAUUGUCGCCCUCUCGGGUUGCUGGAAGCAGCGUGUCGCGGCACAUCUGCGGCGUUGUAGAUUAUUAAAGAGCACUCACACGGACUGAACUGAGAAACAUUGCGGGCGUCCUGCUUCUCGGAGAACAUGUUGAGUUCCCCCAGUUGGCUCGGAGAUAAAACAUUUUGUCACAACAAACCAGCCCUUUCCCGACUGAGAUCACAAAGUGCUUUAUCUGAAUGCGAGCGCGGUGAAGAUUUAUAAUGCUCGGCUGUGACAGCAGAUGGUUAGUCACGGCGUGACUCCCUCGGAUCCCCGUGAAGAACUGUCCACUCAAAGGUGAAAGGAUUUCAACUCGACCACUAAAUAAAACCUUCUUCCUGUCGCACAGCGGUGCUGGUAUGGAAUUUCUGUAGGCUGAUGAAUGCCGUGAAAGCAGCAGUGAGUGAUCGGCUUUGCCUUUUUCAUUCUGGAUGGAUGAAGUACGCACUCAGUUGACAACAGGAAUCAAGAGACACUCUCACCUAGAUGAACUCAAGAAUCUGGCAGGUGUAAGGUGUCCUCCUCUUGAGGCAAAAAGAGGCGGAGUCACCUAUUAACGUUCUUGCUCAUUAAAUCAAACCAGUUUCAAUUUUUUAUUAAUACUUUUUGUCAAGGUGAACACUUGAGCUUUCCUCACUGGGCAGUUGUGCUCCAGUGGCACUGUGAGCGAGCAUGGCCAAACCUCUGCUGAAGAUACAGCGUUAUUUCCGCAGGAAACCUGUCCGUUUCUUCACCCUCGGCCUGCUCUACCUGACCGCCGGAAGCCUCGUCUUCCUACAUACUGGCAUUGUUGGUGACAGCUGUCCCGGAAGGCGAGGGAUGCGCGUGUACACCGUGGUGGCCUCGGAGACGGGCGGCCAGAUCACAUCAUCAGAUAGCGGGGGGCUGGGAAUCACACGGGUACUUAGGGAGGCUCACAGGCCUGGGCGAGGUUACGCCCCCAUGUGGAAGAAAAAAGGAAGGAAGAUAAGAGAGGGCAGAGCUGGAGACCACAACAUGAAUUCUGCUGGGAACUCUGCACGCAAUAUGAAAGAGACGGACGACGGAAGAGCAAAGUACAUUGGAUGCUAUGUUGAUUCAACAGAAAAGCGGGCCCUAAAAGGAGUUUCAUUUUUUGAUUACAAAAAAAUGACUGUAUUCCGUUGCCAGGACAACUGUGCCGAAAGAGGGUACAUGUACGCGGGUUUGGAGUUUGGAGCCGAGUGCUUCUGCGGACACAAGAUUCAGACGGCCAACGCUUCGGAGAGCGAAUGCAACAUGCAGUGUAAAGGAGAAAAGAGCAGCGUGUGUGGAGGAGCCAACCGGCUAUCCAUCUACAGGCUGGAGCUGAGCCAGGAGUCGGCACGGCGCCACGGCAGUGCCAUUUUCAAGGGUUGCUUCCACAGUCCAGACAAUGUCACGUUGGCCCUCCCUUUCAGCAUUUCCAUCCGAAACAUGUCCGUUGACAAAUGUGUCGACGCGUGCACGGAGAAGGAGCAAUCGCUGGCCGUCCUGGCCGGAGAUCGAUGCCACUGCGGCUUCCCGACCCCCCUCUUCUCCCUUCACGAGCCUGAGGAUGAGGGCAUGUGUCUCCAGCGCUGCCUCGGCGAGGAGUUUGAAAGCUGCGGGAAUGACGAGUACUUUGUGGUGUACCAGACGCAGGUUCAAGACAACCGUUGUAUGGACCGACACUUUCUCCCCUCUCGCAACAAUCAACUGGUUGCCCUGGCAAGUUUCCCCGGAUCGGGUAAUACCUGGGCACGUCACCUCAUAGAGCUGGCCACCGGCUUCUAUACCGGCAGCUAUUAUUUUGACGCCUCACUCUACAAUAAAGGAUUUAAAGGUGAGCGAGACCACUGGCGAAGCGGAAGAACCAUCUGCAUAAAGACGCACGAGAGUGGGAGAAAGGAGAUCGAAGCCUUUCACUCCACCAUCCUCAUGAUCCGAAACCCCUACAAAGCACUCAUGGCCGAAUUUAACCGGGAAUUUGGCGGGCACAUUGGAUUCGCCUCUCAGGCCAACUGGAAAGGGAAAGAAUGGCCCGAAUUUGUGAAGACCCACUCUCCAUGGUGGGCCUCUCAGAUCUUGGACUGGCUACAUUAUGGGAAGAACAUCUACGUGGUCCAUUACGAGGACUUGAAGAAAGACUUGCUCUCCCAUCUCAAGGGAAUGGUUCAGUUUUUGGGCCUGGAAGUUUCCGAGGAGCGUCUGCUCUGCAUGGAAGGUCAGAAGGACGGUAACUUCAAGAGAUCGGAGCUCCGCAAACUCAAAUAUGAUCCCUACACUCCUGAAAUGAAGGCAAACAUCGAUGAACUGAUAAGAACAGUUGACGCAGCCUUAAAGAAAAUGAACAUGACUGGUGUUCCAGAUGAAUACAUGCCAAGAUAAUACACGUGGUACGCUCUUUUAAUUUUUUUUUUCUUCAUUUAAAUGGAAUGUCUUUGUCAAAAAGACAAAUUAAUUAAUUCCGAAUUGUUAUUUCCUCAACUCAUCCCGUGUGUAUCCUAACCAGAUAAUUAUAGGAGAAUAAAAGGAGAAGGCGGCACCUAUUGUAAAUGACCUUCACGUGAAAGAUGAUUGCUCAAAGUAUUUAACCUGCAGAACAUGAAUUUCUUCGAUAAUUUAGAAAACAAUAUCAACAAGGGAUCACAUACCUCAGCCUCCACCGGUAAAGUCUAUUUGAGGUGCUGGAGAGAAGGUCGGGAAGUCGAAUCUGAGAUUCAGGAGGAGCAGUGUGGUUUUCGUCCCGGCUGUGGAACAGUGGACCAGCUCUAUACCAUCGGUAGGGUCCUCGAGGGUGCAUGGGAGUUUGCCCAACGAGUCAACAGUCCCUGACAAAAGUCUUGUCGCUUAUCCAUUUUGUAGAAACAAUUGCUAAUAACAAGGGCGUUCAAACGAUUAAAACUUUUUAAUCGAGUUAAUCACAGCUUAAAAAUUAAUUAAUCGCAAUUCAAACCAUCUAUAAAAUAUGCCAUAUUUUUCUGUAAAUUGUUGUUGGAAUGGAAAGAUAAGACACAAGACGGAUAUAUACAUUCAACAUACUGUACAUAAGUACUGUAUUUGUUUAUUAUAGCAAUAAAUCAACAAGAUGGCAUUAAAAUUAUUAACAUUCUGUUAAUGCGAUCCAUGGAUAGAAAGACUUGUCGUUCUUAAAAGAUAAAUCUUAGUACAAGUUAUAGAAAUGUUAAAUUACUAGGGCUGCAGCUAUCGAAUAUUUUAGUAAUCGAGUAAUCGACAUAAAAUUCUAUCGAUUAAUCGAGUAAUCGGAUAAAACAAAUAUAUUUUUAGAAGAAGAGCAAUUAUAAAUAUACAUGAGAAAACAAGACAUUUCAUCUAAUCUUGAACCAUUUUCAGUCAAUCAAUGUCUUUAUUUUCGAUGUAUAUUGUUGAAAACAGCCAACAAUUGCAUCUCAGAUGUAACUAGAAUAAAUAAAAAAAAGACUAUUUCACUGCUUUCACUCAAAAAACCUUUAGAUCUUAUUAAAAAAAAAAAAAAAAUUAAAAUAUAUAUAUAUAUUUAUAUAUAUGCCGUUACGCUUGAUAACACACAUCACUUAAAAGUUAGGAUUUUCAAUUGAAUUGUUUGUGUCAAGCCAUUUUUAAGUUCUAGUUAAGUUUUAAGUUAGUCUAAACUGUAAGUCCUGAUAGGAUUUUGAGUUUUUGCAGUGUUCAAAAUAAAUGUAUGAUACAGGCUGUAUUGGAGCACAUUAGGGACCAGUGCUACUUGGUGUUUUAUCCAGCAAUGACUACUGAGCUAAAAUUGAUAGUUAGCAUUAUUGAGUUUUUAUUUUACACCCUCAUCACUCACAACGCUAUGUUAUGUUAAAGCCUGUAUGUAAGACACGUUAGCCACACAUCGACAGUGGUCAUAAUUAAUAGAAACCUCGCCCUCCGCAGGGCUAACGUUACGUCAGCUAGUGAAUAACGUUAAUCUUAGUUAUUAGCGCUUAGCGCUCUUUAUUAGCGCUUAGCGCUCUACUGCUUUAAGAUGGCGGCUGUUUACUAACGCUGCCCAGACACGGCCGAGUCUGUCAUUUCGCAUAUAGUUCAACAUACAUGUGAUCUCAAUGAGACGCAUCAGACGCUACCUGCUACCAACGUAGCAUCGUGCGGGCUAGUAUUUAGCAACGUUGGCGUCGUUUGUAACGGCUGUCGGCUGCAGUAAGGUUUUUUUUUUUUUGCUUCUUCCUCUACGCAUCAGCGCGUUGUCCCACAUUAAAAGUAGUCCGAGCAAAAUGUGAUGCUUAGAGCUGUCAAAAUAAACGAUUACUCGAAGUGAAUAAAAUUACUCGGAUCAGUUUUUAAACUCGAGUUACUUGAGUUGCUCGAGUAUUCAUUUCAGAUCUAAUUAAAACCCCUCUUAAUGUUUUCGUUUUAAUAAAACUUGUAAAAAUUUCAAACAAAAAAAUUAACUAGUAGCUCGCCAUUGUUGAUGUCAAUAAUUACACAAUGCUCAUGGAUGGUGCUGAAACCCAUAAAAUCAGCCGCACCCAAGCGCCAGCAGAGGGCGAAAAAACACCAAAAAACACAAGUAACAAAUAGACAUGACACUGUCAUUUUAAUCUGUUUGAGCGGUGCGUGUGCGUUAAUUGCGUCAAGUAUUUUAACGUGAUUAAUAUAAAAAAAAUAAUUACUGCCCGUUAACGCGAUCAUUUUGACAGCCCUACAAAUAACCUGACCUUUAAUUAUUCAAUUGGUUUAGGAAAUGGCUCAUAUGAAAGCUAAGACCCUCCCAACAGAUGGUGAAUGUACAAAAAUAUAUUUGUUUCACUGAAAAAAGAUUUAUCAUUUAAUGAACACAUAAGGGUCAGAUUUUGACAAGACAAAAGUUUUGUCGCCUAAAGAAAGUAGUGUAAAAAUUGAACAAAAAAUGUUCUUCAAAUACAUAAAUAUGUUACAUAAGCGAAUUAAGUAGUGAAGCUGUGAGAUCCAAAUUAAAUAUUUUGUAUGACUUCCAUGGGCUUCAGCAAGGACUCAUACAAUUUAUUGAUGAAGUCAUCAGGAACAUCAGAGAAAGUGGUCUUGCAUGCCUUCCAGAGCUCAUUCUUGGGUUUCGUCUUCCAUGCUUCCUCUUUCAUCCUACCUCAGACAUGCUCAAUGAUGUUCAUGUCUCGUGACUGGGCUAGCCAGUCCUGGAGGAUCUUGAUUGAAGUAUGUGAUGGAGCAACAUCCUGCUGCGGAAUUUGUCCCUUUUUGUGGUUAGGAAUGUAAGAGUUAGCUAAGUUUUGUUGAUAUUUCAGACCAUUUAUGUGGCCUUCCACCCUGCAGAUCUCUCAGACUGCAGACAAUUAAAAAACCGCGUGGCAUUUGCCAAGGCCCACAGCCUGUCAAAAGGACGGACGCUGGAAAAGUGGCAAAAGGUGGAUUUUUCAGAUGAAUCUUCCGUUGAAUUACACCACAGUCACCGCAAAUAUUGCAGGAGACCUACUGGAGCCCGCAUGGAUCCUGUUAGGGUGUGCGACGAGAGGGGAUCCAAAUGCAGACAAGCAGGGGUUGUGGUGAGAAAUAUUUGAUUGGCGAGCACAAACAAUAACGUGGCGGGCGUAGAUCGUUCUGCUCGGGGUAGCUGAGCCGACGUGGGGCAUAGAAGCUCGGCAGGAAGGCAGGCGUGGAAUCCGACAGGGGCGCGCAAAGUCAGGACCUGGGGCAUGAAGAUAAAAGUUGUGAGCCGGGGAUCAGAUAAAUAAUUAAGUACGUGAGAUGCAACUGACGUGGUAAACAGACUAGUUGAUCUGGCGACGAGGUGGUGGCGUCCACUGGCUUAUGAAGAUGGCUGAUUGUCAUUGCCAGCAGCUGUGGCCGCUCCACCCGUCUGGCGUCCAACCUGCAAUCAAUAAAAACACCCACACCUAGCCAAGGUGGGCCAGGGCUCAGGAGGGAGGGGCCGAGGCCCUAACAGGAUCCGAGAUUCGCUCAGAAAACAGUGAAGUUUGGUGGUGGCAAAAUCAUGGUCUGGGGUUACAUCCUGUAUGGGGGUGUGCGAGAGAUCUGCAGGGUGGAAGGCAACAUA